ACAGAUGGAUUGUAUCCUGUUUGUAGUCGAGACAAGCUUUUUCCAGCAGCUCUUUUCCUCCAAUCCUUUCAGGAGAAAUGGAGCCAGCUAGCAUGGCCCUCCAGGUGCUGUUCUUACUGGUGGCAUUUACCCAAGACAGCCUUUCUGCUUCAAAUGACACAAGCACACCCACUCCCCUGGAGACAUCAACAACAAUUACAUCAAUUACAGCAGCUCUAACAGUCUCAGAUACAACCCGGAGCAGAACAGAUGUCACCUCAAAGGCAGCCAACUCACUUAUGCCCCAAUCCACCGGAGACACCGGGAGCACCACAAAAUCAAAUGACUCCACCACCACCAACAUCACUUCUCCUACUGGAUCCAAAGAGCCUCUCACUAGCCAAAUGGCUGUGUCCAUCAACGGCAGCACUCAGGCAGGACAGCUUAGCCCAGAACCAGCAUUUUCAACAAAACCAGGCCUGGUGGUUGUGAUCUGCCUCUUCGUCAUUGUCCUAGUCAUUGGGACAGUUGUAGUCUUAAUAAAAUGCUGCCGUCGGAAGGAACCAGCCUUUAAGAAGCUGGACGAGGUGCCGAUGGGAAAAGUUGCAGAAGAUUCUCCCUUUGCCCGAUACCCUCCGAAAUAACCUUUCCAACUCAUCUUCUGGACUCUUGUUUCAUGGAUAUUUUAAACAAGCAUCAAGAAUGUUUACUCCCAUGAGAGACUUUCUGUGUGAAAUAAACUUGUUCUAGUU